UCUGUAAGAGAAAGCUAGAGGCUUUUUUAGGAAGGAAUUGCACACGGAUGGAUAUCUGUCACAGCUCCUUUCACGAGGGUAUAUAUGGGUUUUGCAUGAUAUCUGUUCCUCCAUCCCUGAGCCCUCCUGCACCUGGCUUCAGAGUCCCAGCACCCAACUGAAAAGCUGACAACUACUUCAUGCAGAUUUGAACUAGCAGCAGCUUCCUGGAUAACCCAAAGAUGACGUUCUGCUGAGACCUAUGAUACACCACUGUCCUGCUAAAUGGCCUCUCCCAGUGUAGAGGAACGGUGAUAUGGGAGGAGGUACAGCAGUCAUUCAAGCUCAUCCUGCCCUGUGGUUUCAAUCCUGAAAUAUGUCCUUCUGGACUGCGUCUACCAACACAAUCUGGCUCGGAGCAACCAUUGCGGAGCAAUCUGUAAGCAUAAAACCAUCAUUUGUGGGUUUCUGGCUCAAACACCCAUUGAUAACAUCAACUUUUCUUUUGCUACUCUGUGGACUGUGGGUUCAUGGAACCCAAAAGAUGUGAAAUAGCACCAGUGAUUUCCACUCACAGCAGACUGGCAGCUCAUCCAUUGACAUUAACAGUCUCCUUGGAGGAAGGCUUUUGUGGAAAAGUCUCUCUACAUGUUCUAUGAAGUCUGCAUUACUCUUCCAGCACACAAACAGCCACAAGUAUCCUAUAAAUAAUUAGUACUCACUUGGAUACAAUACCAAAGUCUUCUGUCUCUCACAUAAGUGAAAAGUUGGGCAUGAAGAGUCAGUCCUGAAAGAAAAUUAAAAAAAAAAAAAAAAGGCAAAAGACAUAUUCCCAUAUACUAAAGAAAUUUUCCAUGGCAAAAGCAGCUAAACAUCUCACAGAUAAGAGAUAAAUUGGAAUAAACAUCUGUCAGUGUUAAAUAAAUAUCCUGGAUAAUGUGCAGGACAGAAAUAACUACAACAUCGUCAAACUCCUUUCUUCACUUUAUUUAGCUGUUCUUGCAUGUAGCUCCCAAUCUUUGCACUGCUUCAGUUAGUGGAGCAUUUAUUUUUGAGUCAGCUGGAUUUGUUAAGACUGUAGCAACGAAAGGCAUUUCCUGAGAAGCUGCAAGGAUGAGCAGCAAGAAAGAACAACAGCUAAGGAAAUACGGGACCCUAGUAGUGCUUUUUAUCUUCCAAGUUCAGAUUUUUGGUUUUGAUGUUGACAAUCGACCUACAACAGAUGUCUGCUCGACACACACAAUUUUACCUGGACCAAAAGGGGAUGAAGGUGAAAAAGGAGAUAGAGGAGAAGUGGGCAAACAAGGAAAGGUUGGACCAAAAGGACCAAAAGGAAACAAAGGACCUGUCGGGGAUGUUGGUGACCAGGGAAUGCUUGGGAAAAUUGGUCCAAUUGGUGGAAAGGGUGACAAAGGAGCCAAAGGCUUACUGGGAGUUUCUGGAAAAAAGGGAAAAGCAGGCACUGUCUGUGACUGUGGAAGAUACCGCAGAGUUGUUGGACAACUAAAUAUCAAUGUUGCUCGUCUUAACACGUCCAUCAAGUUCGUAAAGAAUGUUAUAGCAGGUAUCAGGGAGACAGAUGAAAAAUUCUAUUACAUCGUGAAAGAAGAGAAGAAUUACAGAGAAGCCUUGGUCCACUGCAGAGACAGAGGAGGAACACUGGCCAUGCCUAAAGAUGAGGCAACCAAUGCCCUGAUUGCCGACUACAUCUCCAACAGCGGCCUCUUCCGAGCCUUCAUUGGGCUGAAUGACAUGGAAAAAGAAGGACAGUUCAUGUAUGCAGACAACAGCCCACUGCAGAACUACAGUAACUGGAAGGAAGGGAAGCCCCACGACCCCACUGGCCGUGAAGACUGUGUGGAAAUGCUCAGCACGGGAGAGUGGAAUGACUCCGAGUGCCAAGUCACCAUCUACUUUGUCUGUGAAUUCCUCAAGAAGAGGAAAUAAAAGGGCCGCAGAAUGUGCCUGGCACCUGCUGUACAUACAAUAACCCCUCCUCAUUCACCCACUGCAGGGAGAGUAGACAACAGGGACAGGGCUCAAUCCAGCCUUCACCUCACUGGGCUAAGCAAGAGUAGCUACUGUUAAGAUGGCAGUGUCUAUAAAGUCAGCACAGGUCUGCAGGAGGCAUCCAGCAAGCUGUGAAUUUUUAUUUCAUUUCUUUGUGCAAUUUAGGGCGGGCAUUUCUAUGUGUAAUUUAGGGGCAGGUUUAGAGCACACAGAGGUAUGAUUUCACUAAUGCCAGAAAUAGUAAGCUCACUGGUAUAUUAAUCACUGAUGUGCUUUGCAAACUCCACAAAGAGUGUGAUCUUUACUCAUCUUUGGCCUUCACAGGAACUCCCAGUAAUUUCCUUGGUGACGUCAGAGCUGGGAGAACAGAUUUGCAGUUUCUCUUGAGAAAAUCCUUCUUUUGUUAGAAUCAUAGAGUAAUUUAAGUUGGAAGGGAUCUUUGGAGGUCAUCUGGUUGAAUCUUCCGUGCAAAGUACAGCCAAUUUCAAACUUACGUAUACUCUCCUUAAUUUGGCUGUGCAAUUAUAUUGCCUGAUAUGCAGGGGAGGACUCGCUUAUCUCUGCUUCCAACUCUAUCGUCCGUCAAGCUGGUCUGAGGUGUGAGGAAUUAUCUUAGCACUUCCACAUGGAAACCUGCACAGCUUGUGGGCAACCUGAGAAUAGAUGGAGCAAUUCUAGCCUCUGAUGUCCCCCAAAAUUUGCGAAAAACAUAGAAAAGUCUAGCACAAAGAGAACAAUGCAAAGGAAGCAACACCAUUGUUGUAGGCUGUAAACAGGCACAUGUAGUAUCUGCUAUACCAAUGUGCACUGCUGGUUUAACAAGUGAUUCUAGGAACAUGUCAACUCCCUAACUCAGUAGCCAGUGACGCUUGAUGCCUAAUGCUAAAAUCACCUGUGCCUUUACAACACAGGAAGCAGCUAUAAAACAGGCUUCAUCCCCCAAGAACCCAGAUUCAGGUACGGUUGAGCGACUUACUCAUGCAUUUCAGUGGGACUCUCCACAAAUGAUGAGCAGUAAGCAUGAAGGCUUUGUUGUCAGUGCCCAACUACUCAGAUCUUCAUGUCAGUAUGCCCACAAUGGAUCACAUUUUCAUAUCUUUGAUAAUACCAAAGGAGCUCUUUUCUUCAGACACAGCAAUGAUUUUGCCUUCAGAAGUGAGCCUGCUCUUAGUCAUGGUUCACCCUCUCUCACAGCAGGAGAUGUCAAGAGAAACCCCAGGGCCCCUGCAAUGGAGAUCUAUAGAUUUUCUUUCCCACUUGACACUAAAAAUUGAGUGAUAUCUGGAGACUAAGGAGAAUGCUAGACACUAGGCACAGUGCAGCAAUGUACCCUGCAGAUCACUCUGAGCACUAGUUGCACAUAGUCUUUCUCUGAGUAUAUGAAGAGCUGGAUGUGCCACCAGCUAGUAAUGCAGAGGGUCAGCUCCAAGUCUCCCUUCUACUGCUGUGUACAGCACUGCAAAGGCAACUGGACAACAGUCAUAAUUCCUCAACCUCACCCUCAACAGGAAAAUCCUCCAACCCAUUUAUCUGGUUGUUAGACUCCAAGCUCAUCUCUGAGCAAUGACCAACGCAGGAGCAUCCCAGGAGACUGUGACUCAGAACCACUCUUGUAAUCCAGUUUCUCUGCUACUUGUUCCUCCAGAAAACUACCUGUUGCUACCAGCAGUAAAUUAUCUGUGUUGCUACACAGCCUCCAGAGAACUAUUCAGACCAUGAGUGAAGGGGUGGGACCAUAUUUUUUUUAAUUGCUCCUCUACUACACUAUGAGAGUGUUUGGGCAAGCAGGUUCACUUAGCCCAACAAAACUCAUCCUGAAUUGUUCCCUUCCUAGGAAUUGAUAUUCCCCCAAAUCAAGCAGAAUUAUACUUUUUAGGAUCUAUAGUAAUAAACUCACUAAACUAAA